GUAAGUGGCCUGUUAUCUUUCUUCGUCAGGGUCUCGAUUCCACCUCAUGGUGCUGAUCAUCAGAUCAUCUCUAACCAACACAUCAACCUGUUGCACUGCUCCUCUGACAGAGAACAUGAUGUUGCUCCUCUUCUUGUUUGGUCUGACUGUGGGUGCUGUGUCUCCUUCAGAUGAACAUGUAGUGAUGCUGCAGCGUGGAAACUGUUCCCUGUCCUGGUUCAGCUUCAAUGGCCGCUGCUACAAGUACGUCUCCACACCAAUGACCUGGGCUGAUGCAGAGCUCUACUGUGUGUCACAGAGAGCCAACCUGGUGUCCAUCCACAGUCUGGAGGAACAGAACUUUGUCAAAACCCUGAUCAAGACCUUUGACACUGCUGAAAAACAAACCUGGAUCGGACUUAGCGACAUCCACAAAGAAGGCACAUGGAUGUGGUCUGAUGGGUGUACAGUCAACUUUGUUCUUUGGAACCCGGGAGAGCCGAACAAUGUUGGAGAAAAUGAACACUGCACACACAACUACUUGGGCACAGAUGUGAAAUGGAAUGACAUUAAUUGCUCUCAUACAUUCAAUUUUGUUUGUGCAUCUCGCACAGUUUGUCCUUAGCAGCCAAGAAGUUUAAGUCUGAUUCAACUCAUCACUAAGGUGAUGCAUUAAGCCUAUAUAGAAAUGUACAUGUUUAUGUAGAGAAGUCGUUUCAUUAAAGUUCAUUUUCAUGAACGUUACAUACUAACUAAGGAGAUUUCAAUGGUGGGUCAAAGGAAAUAUUUUAAAACCUCAAUAUGAAAAAUCUCAAUAUGUUUAGAUUCGGAAGAAAAGUAAUUCAACAGCAGUAAUACUGGUAUAAAGUACUUUUUUCACAUGUAACUCUACUGAUGAACAAAAGAGAUAGUUUGAAUAUAUUAUAAUUUCAUGUAUUUUAUACAAGGUUAAAAUAUGCAGUACAAAACUUAAUACAAAGACGUCAAUCCUUUCAUAUCUUCAAGCUCACCUCUUUACCCACACAGUCUGGGACUGUUCAAUAAAUUGUUCAAUUAAUAAAUAUAUAUGUAAAUAA